AUGGAUGUCGCUACUCUCCGAGACCGUAUACAGUCGACCCUAGACAGCAAUGGGGACACCAGGCGACAGGCCGAAUUGGACUUGAAAUAUGCUGAGAACCAGCCUGGUUUCCCAAACGCCCUCAUCGAUAUCCUCGAAGCUGAACAGGAUCCAGCAGUGCGCCUCUCGACGGUUGUAUACCUGAAGAAUAGGAUCACUCGGGGAUGGGCGCCGGAGGAGGAUCACUCGACUCACAAGUCUAUACCUGAAGAUGAGAGGCCGUCGCUGCGGAAUCGCCUUAUCCCUGUUCUCGCCUCCUCACCGCCUAACAUACGGGCUCAGUUGAUUCCAAUCCUGGCCAAGAUCUUGCAGUUUGACUUUCCAGAAAAAUGGCCAGAUUAUAUCGAUAUUACCCUCCAGCUCCUCAACGGCAGCGACGCCAACUCCGUCUUUGCCGGUCUCCAGUGCCUCCUAGCGAUAUGUAGGGUUUAUCGAUUCAAGGGUGGUGAGAUGAGGGGUGACUUCGAUAAAAUUGUUGAAAUUUCGUUUCCUCAGUUGUUGAAUAUUGGAACACGCCUUCUUGACGAAGAGAGCGUGGAGGCCGGGGAGAUGCUAAGGACCGUUAUCAAAUCAUUCAAAAACGCUAUAUACUUUGAACUCCCGGUGGCCCUCACUGCCCACCAAGCAACAGUGGGCUGGUGCACGUUAUUCUUAAGAGUGAUAGGGAAGAUCCCCCCGGCAAAUUCUAUGCAAGAUGACACAGAUGAACGGGAACAAUCUCAUUGGUGGAAGUGCAAAAAGUGGUCGUACGCCAAUUUGAAUCGUCUUUUUAUUCGAUUUAUCUGUAUCGCUAACCAGCAUCUUUGUGCUAGUUAUGGUAAUCCUUCUGCGAUUUCAAAAUCAAGUACCCCUGAGUACACUGAAUUUGCCAAGAACUUCAUCACCACUUUCGCUCCCGAGAUCCUGAAUGGAUACCUUCAGGAAAUCGAUAAGUGGGUUUCCAAGGGACAAUGGUUGAGUAAACCAUCUCUGUCGUAUACCCUUAUUUUCCUCCAGGAGUGUAUCAAACCGAAGGUCACUUGGGAGAUCCUGAAGCCCCAUAUGGAAAAUCUCCUCGCACAUUUCAUCUUCCCAAUUUUAUGUUUAUCAGACGAUGAUAUUGAGAUGUUCGAGGCCGACCCAUCUGAGUAUUUACACCGAAAGCUGAAUGUCUACGAGGAGGUGACUGUCCCUGGAGUUGCUGCUACAAACUUCCUCGUUUCCCUCACCAAGACAAGAAAGAAGCAGACCUUCUCAAUUCUCACGUUUGUAAACGGAAUUGUCAGCAAGUAUGAAGCUGCGCCCGAUGGCCAGAAGCUACCCAGAGAAAAGGAGGGAGCUCUUCGCAUGAUUGGAACCCUUUCGUCUGUCAUCCUGGGCAAGAAGAGCCCUAUCGCAGAUCAAGUGGAGUACUUCUUUGUUCGCCAUGUUUUCCCCGAGUUCCGCAGUCCACACGGAUACCUCCGUGCACGAGCCUGUGAUACCCUGGAGAAGUUCGAGCAAUUGGACUUCAAGGACCCUAGCAACCUCAUGACGAUCUAUCGCAACAUCUUGGACAGCCUGGCUGACCCUGAUCUGCCCGUAAGGGUCGAGGCUGCCCUUGCGCUUCAACCAUUAAUCCGCCAUAGCAUAAUCCGUACCUCGAUGCGAACAAAUAUUCCUCAGAUCAUGCAACAACUCCUCAAGCUUGCUAACGAAGUCGACGUCGACGCUCUUACUAACGUCAUGGAAGAUUUUGUUGAAGUUUUCUCUGCUGAGCUGACCCCCUUCGCCGUUGCCUUGUGUGAACAACUCCGAGAUACGUAUAUGCGUAUCGUCCAGGGUCUUCUCGAAAGGAAGUCGAGCAAACCAGAGGAUGAUUUGUAUGGCGAUUUGCUAGAUGACAAGAGCAUCACGGCAAUUGGUGUCUUGCAAACCAUUGGUACUUUGAUUCUUACAUUGGAAAGCACUCCAGACGUCCUCCUGCACCUGGAAAGUGUCCUAAUGCCUGUGAUCACGAUCACACUCGAAAACAAACUUUUUGAUCUUUACAACGAGAUUUUUGAGAUCAUCGACUCGUGCACUUUUACCGCCAAGUCCAUCUCUCCGAGUAUGUGGCAAGCGUUUGUGCUCAUUCACAAGACAUUCAAAGCUGGCGCUGAGCUGUAUCUCGAAGAUAUGCUCCCAGCCCUUGACAACUUCGUGACCUACGGCGCUGCUACGUUGGCACAAAACCCAGAAUACCUAGCAGCAGUAGUCAGUAUGGUCGAAGAUAUCUUCCGGGAUGAGAAGAGCGGCGGUGUUGAUAGGAUCUGCGGAUGCAAACUUGCAGAGGCUAUCAUGCUCAACUUGCGUGGUCAUGCCGAUCAGUAUGUCCCCCUCUUCAUUAGCCUGGCGAUGCAAGUCUUGAGCAAUGAAGAGACUCAGACCAAGUCGUACCUGAUCCACUUGAUGGAGAUGGUCAUAAAUGCCAUUUAUUAUAACCCGGGUCUCGCACUCCAAGUGCUGGAAGGCGGCCAGUGGACAAACAAGUUUUUCAGCACUUGGUUCUCGAACAUUGAUAGCUUUAAACGGGUCCACGACAAGAAACUAUCGAUUGUUGCAAUCUGUGCUCUCUUGACUCUAAGGGCGGAGGACGUUCCGGCAAGCAUUCAGCCAGGCUGGCCACGUCUUCUUCAAGGAGUAACUCGUUUAUUCCAAACCCUACCAAAUGCUAUGAAGAAGUGGACAGAGCAGGACGAAGCUGAGGGUGGAGAGGGCGAUAUUACGGAUGAGAGCUCAGCCUACAUUGAAUUUUUGCAUCAAGAGGCCCUUAAGAUUGGCCAUGUCCCUGACGAUGAUGACGAGGAUGAUCUUUAUGAAGCAAGCUUGUUAGAGUCACCACUUGACAAGGUCGAACCAUAUAGCCUUUUCAAGAACGUGUUAAUGAGCCUUCAACAUGAGCAACCGCAUUUAUAUGAGAACCUGACCAAGAUUUUGAACCCAGAGGAGCAGCAAAUAAUUCAAGGCGUAAUCAACGAAGCUGCCUCACAUGCACUGGCAGCCGAGAAUGCGGAAAAAGCGAAUGGUGGUUCUUAA